AUGUGCAGUGCCAGUGACGACGGCCUGCCGGAGACAAAAGCUGGAGACUGUGCUGGACGCACGCCUGGGUCGGCCACCCCUUCACUUUUGGCCUUGCGUCACAUCCCAUCAGACGACCAGUCCAGUGGUGGGCAGCAAGCCGCCGCGAAAGAUGCCUGCAUUGGACGUCGAGUGAGCUCCAGUCGUCCCGGCCAGGCAGGCACUACCACUGUGGCAGAAGUCAGUCACGGUGGCAACUGCGUUAACGCCCCUCGUGCAGGUCGCUGUGGGAAAUCCUCAGGAGGCACCGCGAAGCGUCUUCCAAGCCUCCCCCAACCGUCCUGGAGUACACGAGGUGCCAGGGUGCUCUGGCUGCAUGCGCCGACGGCGUCUGAGGUACUCGGUACGGGAUGCAUGUACCUGGAGGAGGCGAGGCACGCUGAUGCACGAGGAAGGCGCUGCGCCCCUGGACCAAUCAGCAGGCACGGCGGCGCCCUUGUUCUAGCUAGCAACAUUGUCCAUGAUUGCCCACAGAGGCGCCACCAAAACACCGUGUGCAGUGGAGAUGGCGGCCAAGGUACCGUCCCAGCCUCCUACGCGCGCGUGGGUACUUCUGGCGCCGCUGCACUGCGACCCCCAUUCCGCUAG